GCAGCUAUUUCUGGAUUUAACCCAUGUUUUAGCUCCCCAAGAUUUCUAAAAUGUCUUAACAUUUCUGUUAAUUUUAAAGUUGAUAGAAAUUAUAAAUAUGAACUUAGCUAUAUUAUAUAUUUGGAAGAAGAGCUUAUAAAUGAGCACAUUUCCUUGUUCCGGUGACGCCUUUGUCCUGACUUUACGUUAUUGGUCGUCUCAGUUGUUUCAGACUUUUCCCGCGCUGUUCUCAUUAAGCUGAACUGUCGACAGUAAGAGUUAAGAAGUUUAUAUUUAAAAUAAACUCCAAACUUGAGGUAAAAUGCUGUCCUCAGACUACGAUCCGGCGUGUUUGCCGGACUUAUUGCCGCUGUACUAUCGCCGCCUGUUCCCCUUCGCUCAGUAUUACCGCUGGCUGAACUACGGGGGAGUGCAGAAGAGCUACUUCCAGAACCGGGAGUUCUCCUUCACGCUCAAAGACGACAUCUACGUGCGCUAUCAGUCGUUCAGCUCGCAGAGCGAGCUGGAGAAGGAAAUGCAGAAAAUGAACCCGUACAAGAUCGACAUUGGAGCGGUGUACAGUCACAGGCCUAAUCAACACAACACGGUGAAGUCAGGCAGCUUCCAGGCUCUGGAGAAAGAGCUGGUGUUUGAUAUCGAUAUGACGGAUUACGAUGAUGUUCGAAGCUGCUGCAGUGCUGCAGAUAUUUGCUCCAAGUGCUGGACACUGAUGACCAUUGCCAUCCGUAUUUUGGACAGAUCUCUUCGCCAGGACUUUGGUUUCCACCACUUGCUGUGGGUGUAUUCAGGCAGAAGAGGAGUUCAUUGCUGGGUGUGUGACGAAGCUGCCCGGAAGCUCUCUGCAGCCGCACGGUCCGCUGUGGCAGAAUAUCUCAGCCUGAUUAAGGGUGGUGAAGAGACGGUGAAGAAAGUGGUGCUGACAGAUCCUAUUCAUCCUUUCAUCAGAGAGUCUUUAACGGUGGUGAAGCGCUACUUUCCACAAUACGCACUACAGGAUCAGAACAUACUGGGACGCAAGGAGUCUGAAGAGAAAGUCCUGGCUCUCGUACCAGAAGAUGUUAAAAAAGAAUUACAGGAGAUAUUUCAGGAGGAGAGGAACCCAGAAAGACGCUGGCGUCACAUUGAAGCCCAAGCCAAAAAGAAACAGACCACUGCCAAAAAGCGGCAGUACUUUGAAAAGGAGAUCAUGCUGCAGUACUGCUACCCUCGACUGGACGUCAACGUCAGUAAAGGCGUGAACCAUUUACUGAAAAGCCCUUUCAGUGUUCAUCCCAAAACAGGGCGCAUCUCUGUUCCCAUAGAUCUUAAAGACGUGGAGAAGUUUGAUCCUUUUGCUGUGCCCACAAUCAGUCUGAUCUGUGAGGAGCUGGAUCGACCCAUGGCAGAUGAGGACGAAGCAAAGUUAGAGGACGCGAAGGGGAAGGAAAACGAACAAGACUCAACAGAAAAGAGGAAAAUCAGAGAUUACAAGCGAACCAGUUUGGCAAAGUAUGUGAAGUACUUUGAUCAGUUUCUGGCUGGAAUGACUGAUUCAUGGAAAGGAAAACUUCUCAGACAGAGUGAUCUUCAGAAAGAGUUUUGAACAGGCUCGUCAAUCUGAAAUCACACUUCCUGCCCUACUGCUCAAUGUAACUGAGGAGCCAUGCUUAUGGUUCAGUUUGUGGAGAUAAAAUGUUUUUGGACAAUACCAUCUGAUCACACCAGUUUUGAUGCUCUUUUAUUCAGUCAUGUUAUAUCUGUGUUUUAAACUGCCAAAUAAAGCUGACUUUAUCGCAGAAAUUUCUUUCAGGGGUCAAACGGCAGCAAAUUGCUGCUAUGCAGUGAAAUUAAAUUCAUAUGUUGUAAACCUUG